AUGGCCUCAUUCAAAUCACUCGGUCGGGGCCCAGGACAAUCUGAAAAACUCCACCAUUCAAAUAAUGUGGUCCAGGCCCAUGCACGUCGUUCCAAGGCCGAGGGCAAGGCGGAUAAAAGCUGGAAGCGGACGGCAAAGUUCAACCGGAUGUCCGGCGGGUUGGUGCACGAGAAUAACUCCGAUUGCAAGGGCACAUCAACCUGGGACUCUGAGCCCGCAGUAGAUAAGGCCGAAGGUCCGUCACAGAAGGAUGGUUGUAGCAUGUUCUGGUCCACACUUGUCUACCACCACUAG